UUGGGCUGUGUAGGAUUUCUGUAACUCUAUGAGAUGCAAGGUAGCUUUCCUCUGAGGCGGAGUCGAGGGGCGGCGCUGAGAGGAUUCAAGUCAAUAGUUCCCUAAAAGAUUCCCAUUUGCGCAUCUUAAAAGAUGUGCAGAUCCCUGGCACUAACUUCCUUUAAAAAAAAACAAAAAACAGCCACACAUUUAUUUAUUUUCUGUAUUUUUGUUUCAAAGCGUCUCGGGGAAAGGGACCCUUAUUGUAUGGGUUUUACCAUUGGCGCCUAUGUGCUUCCACCAUUCCUACCCCGCAUAUGGAGGAGACCAAGGCUCGCGAUCGGGUCCGGAAGUGGAAGGUUGCGCGGGGCGCCGCUCAGCCGCCUUGCAAGCACAGCUCCUCUUUGGGCGGCGCCGGCCUUCCUCGGGAGAGAAGCAUCUCCGGCUCCGUUGCGCCGCCUCCCGCGUGCUCCCCUCCUGCCCGGUGCCAUGUCCUCCUCCUCCAGGAGGAAAAGCAAGGGGCGGCCUCCCCACCCGGACGCCGCUUCCCCGCUUGCCUUGGGGCAGGCGGCUCCCGAGGCUCCCGGCAGGCUGAGCCUGGCUGCUGCAGAGUUCCUGAGCAAAGCAGAUGACAAAGUCCCCAAAAGUUACAGAAGAUCUCUUGUGCAGCUGGCCCUCAACAACAUGAAACUGGCAAAUAUAUGCAUAGGCCGACCAGUGUUGCUCACCAGUAAAAAUGGAAAACAAGAGGUUUGUACUGCAUGGCCUGUUGCCGGCUUUCCUGGUGGAAAAAUUGGCUUGAGUGGAAUUACACAAAAAAAUCUGAAAGUGGGACUUGGCGAAACAGUCAUCGUCGAGCCUGUGACUGGUGUUGUUAUGCAGGCAGAGGACGUACAUUUGAAGCUGAGGAGCGAAGAUGCUUGCCUUAAUGUGGACGAGUUGACUGCCAGUCUCCUAAGAAAUCUAGAUGGAAAGGUGGUUUUACCAGGAAACCUCCUGCAAAUCACUUUCUAUGGCCGAUUUUGCAACCUGAUGGUUACAAAGGUGAAAGGAACAGACGGGGUUCUGCGGGAAAUGGAGGACAGUCCCGUUUCGAUGCUAGAACAGAAACUGUCACUUGAUACCAGUGAUUUUGACUUAUCUGUGCAACUUGAUAAACUGCUCAUUGAAGAUAGUCGAGAAGGAACAUCUACCAGCACUCCAUGCAAGCAGGUGGAUCACAGUUUAUCCAUUAAUGCCUCCAUAGAUACCAUGGUGUGUGAGGAAGAGAUUUCUGGUUCAACAGAGAUGCAGUUAUUUGGUGACGUUGCAGCCUCCACUCCUGUACCUGAAACUACCAAGUUAAAAGGUGGCGAGGCCUGCAUUCCCUCUGAAGGGUUACUGCAGGCUAGUCAAAUAGGAGCAUCAUUGAGCUCUGAGCCAUUUUACUUCAUAUCUUCAAGGACUAGGAUAUGUUUCGUUGAAUCUCGAACUAAAGAAAGAGAAGAAUGUAAUCUGGAACCGAAGGUUACUUACAGUUCUAUAGGUGGACUCGAUCACCAGCUAAAAACCAUAAGAGAAAUGAUUGAACUUCCCCUGAAGCAGCCUGGCCUGUUUAGAAGUUAUGGAAUCCCACCUCCUCGAGGGGUGCUGCUCUAUGGUCCUCCAGGAACAGGGAAGACCCUGAUAGCCAAAGCAAUUGCAAAUGAGGUUGGGGCUCACGUCUCCACCAUUAACGGCCCAGAAAUAAUAAGCAAGUUUUACGGUGAAAGUGAAGCCAAGUUGCGACAGAUAUUUGCCGAAGCCUCCUCACGCCGCCCAUCCAUUAUAUUUAUUGAUGAAAUCGAUGCACUCUGCCCAAAAAGAGAAGGGGCACAGAAUGAAGUUGAGAAAAGAAUUGUGGCAUCCUUAUUGACACUGAUGGAUGGCAUUGGAUCAGAAGGCAAUGAAGGGCAACUCUUAGUACUUGGGGCCACUAAUCGCCCCCACGCUCUGGAUUCAGCCCUACGCAGACCUGGCCGCUUUGAUAAGGAGAUAGAAAUUGGGGUUCCCAAUGCUCAGGACCGACUGGACAUUUUCAAGAAGCUUCUGAACAAGGUUCCUCAUUCACUGACGGCAACAGAGCUGGUUCAGUUGGCUGACAGCACCCAUGGAUAUGUAGGAGCAGACCUAGCUGCAGUCUGCAAAGAAGCAGGCUUGCAUGCUUUACGGAGAGUACUUGGGGAGAAAGCAAACCUCUUGGAUGAGGAUGUGUCUGGAUCAGUGAUAAUUACUCGCAGCGACUUCCUGCAGGCAAUGAACGACGUCAGGCCCAGUGCCAUGAGGGAAGUGGCAGUUGAUGUGCCAAAAGUAUCCUGGUCAGACAUUGGAGGGCUAGAAGAUGUCAAACUGAAAUUGAAACAAGCAGUGGAAUGGCCACUGAAGCAUCCCGAGUCUUUCAUUCGAAUGGGGAUUCAGCCACCAAAGGGAGUGCUACUCUAUGGACCUCCAGGAUGCUCAAAAACCAUGAUUGCAAAGGCAUUGGCCCAUGAAAGUGGGCUGAAUUUCUUGGCAGUGAAGGGCCCUGAAUUGAUGAACAAAUACGUUGGAGAAUCUGAACGUGCAGUCAGAGAGAUCUUUAGGAAAGCCAGAGCUGUUUCACCGUCAAUAUUGUUCUUUGAUGAAAUAGAUGCCCUGGCUGUAGAAAGGGGAAGCUCUUCAAGUUCUGGGAACGUGGCAGACCGCGUCUUGGCACAGCUGCUGACAGAAAUGGAUGGGAUUGAACAGCUAAAGGAUGUGACUGUUUUGGCUGCGACAAACCGGCCAGAUAUGAUAGACAAGAUAUAGCAGAUGUUGGAAUAAUAAAAUCAUCUCAUGUGAUCAAAUGGGGGAAAUGCUUGGAAUAGAUAUUGGAGAAGACGGUUGGAAGAUAAUAUGGUCUGGCACCCAAAACAGAGCUCUCUGUAUAAGUGUAAAUUAAUCUGUAAUCUGUAGCUCACAUGAGAACAGUUAAGUAGUUCAGCAGUUGAAUGGUCCAGGCUGGAGAGCUGAUCACCACCUGCUCUCUCCCAAGGUCAACUCCUGAAAAAUGUUUACAUGGCAGAGGUCAGCUGACACGCGUAUAGCAGCUAAGGAUGGUUCCAAACCAAGGUCCUAUGAGUGCUCAUGGCAGGCAAGUGUUGCUCUAAGGCAAACCUAGCCAAGAUAGGUUGACUCCCCAAUCUCAGGUUAGUCCCCCAACCAGCUGUAAUUCUGUCUUAAGUGGAUUAUAUUAUCUUCCUCUGUACGAUAGUGUAGAGAUUAAUAGUUUUAUCUUGCUAUAAAACCCUGUUGCCAAGUGUGACAAAAAAAGGCAUUUUAUUCACAUUGCAAAGUAGUAAUAGUUUACCAUGUUCCUCUGAUGCUCAAAAACAUUAGGAGCUAUCAGUGGCUUUUGACUGUUCCUUUGCCAGAUGCGGGGCACGCACAGGAAGGUUUAAGGAAGCAAUUUGUCCCUUGAGCCUUUUUCAGAUGAAGUGCUCAGCAGCACCAGGACAUGUUCUGUGGAAGUCUACAGAGUAAGAAGAGGUAGCUUCAGCCAGUUGGUGAGGCAAGCCUUAUUCCAUUACUUAACAAGCCAGCACGUGGGCUAUGUAAGCAAGAACACACGCCAGGGUGUGUGUUCAUCAGUCAACACGCGAGGUGUGCGUAAUUGGCAAGCACACACCCUGGAACAUGUUACUGCACUUAUAAAAAUGGCCAUUUAACUUUUAUUAAAAGCGUGUAUAUACAAAGUGUGCCUAGUUCUCAGAAUGCUAACUUCUUCAAACAACGUUAUGUAGCUUAGUUGCAUUUCAUCUCAAAGAAUUUUUCUGUUUCACUUAUGCAGAAGCAUUUUGUUGGCAAGCAACUUUUUCGUUUCCGAAUGCUUUUCCAUCUCAAAUCAUACCCUUGGGGUGAGAAAAGGUCUUAGUACCCCAAGUGAUCUUGAAGGACAGUUGUAACACCAUGAAAAGCAAACAUUGAUGCUGUAGCACAUGUUUCUAAGUGAGAGGGCCCCAUAACUGCAGCAAAGGAGGUAAGCCGCAGGCUUUCAUUUAUUUGUACAGCAGUCUUUUGCCAGUAUCUGUGGGCCUAUAUAGCUUAAACCAGUUUAUUUUUAACAGAAAAUAGCUACAAAGAAAUACUAGUUAAGACAUGUUUGUGCUAAUGGCUGAAACUGGAAUUUAGGCAGACUGUGAUGUUUGGCCUGUCCCGUCCCCCCACGCCACCCCCUUUCCUGUUUUUUUUUAAAAAAAGAGUCUGGGAAAGACACAAAACAAAAAUUAUUAUUGUUAAUAUUUACAAAAUGUUUCAUUGAGGGGAAAGCAAGUAGCAGAAUCCAAUUCUGUGGCACUUAAACAUGGUCUUCCCUAUUCAACAGUUUUGUUCUACUCUAUGUGAAAUGUUAAGUGAUAAAAUGUGGGCUUUUUUGCUUCAGUUACCACUGAUGGUAAUUACAGAAAGGACAUACCAUUCUGGUGUUUUGGGCAUCGAAGCAGUUCUCAAAGUAUCAGCAGGUGGCAGUCAAGCCAAGCUUCAGUUUAAGCAGCUAGAGUUUAGAAGUUUAGGAGAUACAGUUCAUAUAGAAAUUCUGAGAGAUACUAUGUCAGGUAAGGCAGAUGGGGAUCUUUGUUGGGUCGAAACACAUUGGGCUUUGUAAGAUGAUACAUGCAUAUACUUUUACAUUGGAGGAGAGGAAAUUUGGCUCAUAUCUAGCUACGAAUACAGAAUGCUUUGCUCUUUAGAGUAAUGCAAUUUUAAGGCAGUUCCUGGUUGAGCUGUAGAAGUAUGGAGCUCCAUUGCCAAUUCUUGCUGCUUGAGAAUAAAAUGGCCUUAGGUGUGUCUGUGGGAGACAUGGAGCUUUAAAAGCUGUACAUCGGGUCAGAGGAGACCUUCAGUGCUACAUCCUGGUAGACAUUUCUGUUUGGGCAUAAUCCCGAUCCGAUAAACAAAGGAUAUAAACAAUAUGGUGCCCUCCAGAUGGGGAAGGGCCAUAGCUCAGUGGUAGAGCAUCUGCUUUGCAUGCAGAAGGUCCCAGGUUCAAUCCCUGGCAUGUCUAGAAGGGACUAGGAGAUAUUCUUGCCUGGUACCACGGACACUCACUGCAAGUCAGUGCAAACAGUACUGAUCCAGGUGGACCAGUGGUCUGACUUGGAACUAGGCAGCUUUCUACAUUCCUAUGUUCAGAUGUUUUAGAUUCCAACUCCCAUCGGCCUUGACUUGUAUGAUUUGUGUGCUUGCAAGACAUAAACUCGGCACUGACAGCAGCUUAUGGUUUAUGCAAGCAUUCUCCCCAGGAAUAUGCUUGAAAAAAGUGGGAAACCUAUGUAAUAUAUCUGAAGAGUUGAAGUACCACAAAAAUUCACUGAUGCAAAUUCAGCUUGUCAUAUUUAUUUUGCUCUUUUGUAAAAUGCAAAACAAAUAGUGGUAUAGUCCACUGGGGUCCUGAUAUUGUGGUUUUCUGUCUGAGGUCUUGAUAUCAAAUGCUGCUUUCUAAGUUAACCACGGUAGUCAAAGAAGCUUCUUGUUUUUCUCUCUCCUGGGUCAGAAGCAACACCAUCUCAAGCUUGCUCAAACUGUUUGCUAGUCCUUCUGCUCAGCAGACUUCCAUUCUGCUAGCUGGGUCAUGUACGCUACUUAAAAUGAAAAAAACUGUGGGAAAUACUGUAGAUUUUCCUCAUGAGUCAAGGUAUUUACUGCGCAUGUUUCAUCUCAUUAUACCUUAAGGGGUUAACGUUAUGCAUAUUAAACUAACAGCACAGUUUACACUAAGAGUUAUUUAACAUCUACUGGCGGUAUUACUGUACUUCCUGUUUUGUGUUCACAAUAAAAGGUUUCUAAAGAGCUGCCUUUGUGUAAAUACUUCACUUACAUUCUAGGCAAGUAUAUUCACGUCUUGAGCUAAACACGAAUAGAGUGAUGUUUGGAACACUGCUAAAGAAGGAAAUCUUUGUGCUUCAUAAAUGAUACCCUUGAAACUUUAUAAGAAUAUGAUUUGGAAAUGACAUUUGUAUAUUUGUUUUCUCUUCUUUUAUUACGCUGGUUUGAAAGUGGUGGAUGGAGUGGGUGGAGGGAAGAAAAUGUUUACUGUUCAUCAGUCAUUUUUGUCAACAUUUUGAAAAGAAUUGACUGUAUUUUUGUAGCAUACCUGUGUAUUUUAAAUUGAAUAUGUGCAUUAAAAAUGUAAAAAGUGUUCUAAA